UCUUGUUUCUGUUUGACGCAUGAUCUUUGAUUCUUUUCGAUAAGUAAAAUAAACCUCAUGAACAAGUCAUUGGAGCCCACUUUAACUCUAUUUUUCUUUGUUCUUUCUUGUUUGUUAUUAUAUUACUUAGAAACUUCCACGUUGUAACAAAGGAAGUAUCCAAGCUACUUCCUUGCGUCCAUUAGUCUCCACUCCGGUUCCCACUUCCCCACCAAUUAUAAAUUCAGAGUGUUUGGGUUUACUCAAAAACACAAAAACAUCCAAAACAAGAUGAGCUCCUCUGACUCUUCUUCCGCGGAAUCCCGUCUAGCCACGGCUAAGACGGUUCUCACCACCGCGGCUUCGGUGGCUGCAACCGCAAUGCUGGCUCGAUCUUUACUCCAAGAUUAUUUGCCUGACGAGGUGCACGACUAUAUUUCCUAUGGAUUCCGUUCCAUCUUUGGUUACUUCUCCUCCCAAAUGACAAUAAUCAUCGAAGAAUUUGAAGGUUUUGCUCACAAUGAAGUCUUUGAGGCUGCAGAGGCCUAUCUAGCCACCAAGAUCUCUCCUUCUAAUAAAAGAAUCAAAGUGAGUAAACACGAGAAAGAAAACAACUACAAUGUCACCGUGGAGCGUGACGAAGAAGUUGUUGACACCUACAAUGGCGUCAAAUUCCAGUGGAUCCUCCAUUGUCGCCAUGUUGAGUCCAAGAACUUCCACAACCCACGGGAUCUAAACUCGACAAUGAGAUCUGAGGUCCGAUCAUUCGAGCUCAACUUCCACAAGAAAUUCAAAGACAUAGCUCUUGAAUCUUACUUGCCAUUCAUGGUGAAAAGAGCAACGUUAAUGAAGCAAGAGAAGAAAACACUCAAGAUCUUCACUCUCUCCCCAGAAAACAUGUAUGGGAACUACUCUGACGCGUGGACCUCUGUUUCUCUUGACCAUCCUUCUACCUUCAAAACUCUAGCAAUGGAUGCAGAUGUCAAGACAAGUGUGAUGGAAGAUCUAGACAAAUUCGUAAAGCGAAGAGACUUCUAUAAAAGGGUUGGUAAAGCUUGGAAGAGAGGUUACUUGCUGUACGGUCCACCGGGCACAGGGAAGUCAAGCUUGAUCGCAGCCAUGGCCAAUCAUCUCAACUUUGAUAUUUACGACCUAGAGUUGACCGCGGUUAACAACAAUUCUGAGCUCCGGCGAUUAUUGAUUGCCACUGCUAAUCGUUCGAUUCUUAUUGUAGAAGAUAUUUGUUUUUGCUAUUAUGCAAGAUGCCGAUUGAUUUGGAUGACGUGGCUAAUUUUCGAGGGUUUACCUUAUUUGCAAAAGAGAUAGCUGACGUGGCACAACGUAGAUGAAUUUUUAAAAUCUGAUGUGGAUAGGCUGAGAGGCUUCAAUGAACACCUUUUAUUAGUAAGAGAUUAUGGCAGUUGAUUUUAUAGCCCAGCCAUAAAAUAACAUCUUGUAACCAAUUCAUUGGGGUCUUAGUGAAAUUGUAAAAGAGUCAAA